GUCGCGUCAUGAUGAUGUCACCGGCGGCAAAUCCGUAUCAGGUUCUAGAAGGUGAGGUGGUUAAAAGCAUCCUCUCUGUUGGUUUGGAGGAACAACACACUGCUGUUACACUGACUCAGUCUGCGAGAUCUCCAUGCGCUGCUUCGUAGAGGUUCGGACCCGACGAUGGCUCGUCCUCCCCCGGACCCCGUGUUUACUCUGAGGGGUUCGGCUGCCUCUGUUAACACGCUUCACUUUCACUGCGCUGAGGCGGGGCUUCCGCUGCUGUUCUCCGGAUCGGGAAAAGGUUUAGUCCACGUGUGGAACCUGAACACCCGACGAGCGGAGAGCGUUUUAGACGGCCACGCCGGAGCUUCCGUCAUCUGGGUCAGCAUCGUUCGCUCCACGAACACCUUGCUCAGUCAUGGUCGUGAUAUGCAAGUGUGCUUGUGGGAUUUGCACGAGGGUCGGCGUACCGUAGCGCACUCGUUGCACACAGGAAGUGUCGGGUUCUGCCAGUCUUGUCUCCUGGAGGGUGAUGGAAGUAAACCUCUGAUUGCACUUCCAGCAGAAAACAUGGAGGAGAUAAAGGUGAUGGAGUUGGAGAGUCGGACGCUGACCUGCUCUUUAAUCCCGGACGAUAAACACGGCAUGCUGAUGUGCAUGAAGAUGUGGCAGACAGACGCUGGUCCCCUGCUGUGCGCCGGUUAUGAAGACGGUUCUCUUGUGAUUUGGGACGUGUCCUAUCGGCGUCCUGUCAGCUGCCUGAAGGUCCAUCCUGAACCUGUCAUGUGCCUGGACUUUGACAUCGACAAGCAGAAAGGAAUCUCUGGUUCCUCAGACAAGAACCUCUGUUCCUGGAUGUUUGAUGGCCAGCAAAACCUUCAGAUUAAGGACACUGUGCCAUUGACCAAUCCCGGAGUGUCCCAUCUACGUAUCCGUGGUGACAGUAAGAUCGUUGCGUCAGGCGGCUGGGACGGAAGCGUGCGGAUUUUCGGCUGGAAGACGAUGAAGCCGCUUGCUGUCCUGCAACAUCACAAAGAUUUGGCUCACUGUGUGGUGUUUUCUGACCAUCCGGAGCCUUCGACACGUCUGAUGGCUGCAGGCUCAAAGGAUCAGCGCAUCAGUAUCUGGUCUAUUUACACAGAGAGAUAAAUGAACCUUUUUCACUUCCUAGGGCACAAAAUGUCAUUGUAAGUAUAUUAAGGUUACAUCGCAGCAUUUUAGAAAUUUUCUCCCUCUUGAAAGGAUCUUCCUAACUUGCAUCGCAUUACAAGAAAAGUGGGUUUUGUUCAGGCUUAAAAGUUUGAGCUUGGCACUCAGAUACACACAAAGUUUGAUGAUGAAUGUUAUGACUGGGGUUCUGGUGCAGCCCUGUACUUCCAGCCAGAAGGAUGAACAAUCAAUAAUAAUCAAUUAAAUAACUGAGACGUGAAUGGAGUGAGUCUUUAAGAAUGCUUUCAGAAAACUCCGAGACCAUAUGCCUAUUAAUUCAAGCCAUGUGUUCCAGCAUGGCUCCCAUUUCUUUGUGUUUAUCUGAGGCUAUUGAAGUUAACACAAGUUCCCAUCUGCUCUGUGCUCCAGGCCUGAUUUAAAUCCCAGAACGCAGUGACUGAGCAUCAUUCACCAAACACCCAAAUGUUGGGUUGGUCUCGUCAUACGGUACCUGUGUGUGAUCGUUGGGAAGCGUCUAGAAUGUCCUCUGCCAUUCACGUGGGUUCAUUAAGCUUGGCAGUUUUUUUGCUGGAAUGUAAAGCCAAGCCAAAUGACAUUUGAGUGGAAAAUAAAGUCGAAUGUGUUUAAUAAA